UCUCUCUCUCUCUCUCUCUCUCUCUCUCACAGACCACACCACCCCCAUUUAUUCACCUCCUGUUCCUACCUUGCUUUUAUCCAAGCCCUACACAGAUUUAACCCUAAACCUCUUCUCUCUCUCUCUCUCUCUCUCAGUUAAUUUGUUGCUUCUUGGGUCUCUACUGUUUUUUUUUUUUUAAAUUUCAUUUUCAAGGCUUCUGUUUCAAUUUGGUGGAUGACUUCAUGGUGACAGGAUGUGCAUUUUCAUCACCAUGAAUAAUCCAGUUUAUCUUCUCUUCAAAGCCACCAGAGCCAUUAUGCUUCUGCAUUUUCUUCUUCUCUCUCCAGCCUCUUGUUUUAGCACUCAUUCUCUCCGGGGCCUUUUAUUUGAGGAGAAAACCAGGCUGGGAUCCACGCCGCCCAGCUGCCACAACAAGUGCAACCAGUGCCAUCCAUGCAUGGCGGUCCAGGUGCCUACAAUACCCAGCCACGAUCGGGUCGAACCGGGCAUGGCCCGAUCCUUUCCAAUGAUGUUCUUCGAUCCAUCUCAUCCGGGUUCCAACAACAAGUACUCCAAUUACAAGCCUCUGGGUUGGAAAUGCUACUGUGGUGAUCACUUCUUCAACCCUUGA